UACUCUAUUUAAUGUUACUAUAUUUACGAGAUCUGACAAUUGCUAGACAUUGCCAGACGAAAUGAAAAUCUUCGUAUUCGUUCUUUUGAUCAUGACUACAGUCGCAAUUGCAUUGCCUAUGGAAGAUUUAUUGGAAAUGGAAAAUAAAAGCGAAUCUUUGGAAUUGCAACUGGCAUCUACCGAAGAAAAUCAUGUUGAACCUGAAGGCUUUCUAUGCGAAAUUUUUGCAGAUGGUUUCAACGAUACUGCUUGUGCUAUUAGUUGCAUUCUCACUGGAAGAACAGGAGGAAAAUGCACUAAAGAUGGUGUUUGCUUAUGUCGCAAGAAAAAAUGGAUUGGUUAAAUGGUUUGAUCAAACCUGAUUUUUGUAAUUGUUCUCUUAGAUAAAUAAAAAAUUUUGAUCGAUA